AUGAGGAUUCGCAAUCGCUCCUUGAAAGUGACCCGUGUGCAGGCCGUGAGCGCACUCUGCCAGCGGCGGCCGUUGCCAGGUGGCUCGAAACAGGCAUUGUGCCGCCAUGUCGAAGCACUGUGUUCCCUCGGCCUUGCAGAGACUCUCCUUCAGGAGUUGCUGCAGGAUGUGGCAUUGCAGCUGCGACAGCAGCUGAGUGAAUGCAGCGUGGACCUGGACCAAGAUGGGCUAUCAAAUCUAGUGGCUGUCGCUUUGGCCAUGUGCGGGGUCCUCACGGACGUAUCCAGAAUUUACAGCUUCCUGGACUCUGCAGUCGCGCGCAAGGCUGAUGCCUCGCUCUACGAGGUUCUGCGUGGCCACUUCCGCCGGGUUCUUCUCGAAACGCAUCAACCCCUGGAUUCCAUAUUGAGCGGUGCUCUGCGAUUGAUCCACGAGCAUCGUCAGGGCAAGGUUGUGGACAAGCAAACGCUGAAAUCUGCGAUACAACUGUUCAAGAUUCUGGACUUGUACACCGUCCAGCUGGAGCCACAACUUCUGGAAGAGACCGCUACCUUCUUCUGCAAGGAGUCCUCGAUCUGGCUUGAAGAACAUGAACUGGCAAAACUACCGGAUUUUUUGGCGUUCGUGGAGAGAUGUCUGGCGGCCGAAAGUUCGCUUGGAGAAGAAUGCGGGAUGCUUCCAUCAACGAUGAUGCAGAUUCGGGCAGCCGGUCAGAAGGAGAUGAUCCAGACGCGCUCAGAGGAAUUGCUAUCAGUUGGUUUUGAUGACUUGGUGUUGGACGUGCAGGUGGAGGCGCUGGCCAUCCUCUACCAGCACUUUAGGGACAUCGGUGCCCUUCCAGUGCUUCGCCGCGCCUAUGGCGAUGCACUUCGCAAGGCUGGGCUUAAUGUCCUCGAGUCCAGCGAUGACUUCAAAGUUGUCAUUCCAAGCAUCGAGCGGCUUAUCUCCGCGGCACAGGAGGUCCUGAGUGCCGCAUUUCUCGACGAUUGCAGCUUCGGAAUUGCCUUAAAGGAAGCGCUCGAAGGAUCUCUGAACUCACGAUCAGCGAAAAAAGUGGCCAAACUACUGGCCCGACACAUGGAUUGUGUCUUGCGUAGUGGCCGUGGCGGUGUCCGAGCUGGUGUGGCAGAUCCCAAGUGCUCGCAAUCGUUUUCUCAAAGUUUCUCUCCACCUGAACGUGCCGAUUUGGAAUUGGGUGAAGAUGCAGAGGCUUGCGUCCAACGAGCAAUUCAGAUAUUUCGGUACAUUGCAGCGAAAGAUGCGUUCGAGGCCUUUUACAGAAAGGAUCUGGCACGACGAUUGCUUCUGCAACGUUCCAUUUCCCGCGAAGCUGAACUAUCCGUAGCGUUAAAGCUUCGAGGGGAGUGCGGCAGUGCAUACACAGCUGGAAUUGAGGGAAUGUUCCAGAACCUGGAGAUCUCUCGAGUGCUGAGUGAAAGCUUUGAGGCUACCGCACAAGCAAAGCAGCUCCUUGACGAGACCGGUGUUGAGUUCGUCGCCUCCGUCCUGACAGCAGGCAGAUGGCCCGCUCAGCCAAGUGCCGACAUCUCGAUUCCUUCGAUUCCCUUCCGCCUGAUGACAUGCUUUACAAAUUUCUAUCAGCGGCAACACACUGGUCGUUCCCUGUCAUGGUGUCCAGCUUUGGGCCAGUGUGUUCUGCGGGCUACAUAUGGCGCAGCCGGCGGCCAGACUCGCAAGGAAUUCGUGGUAUCCCACUUUCAGGCAAUGGUUCUUCUCUGCUUCAACUCAGCCGACUCUCUAUGCUUUGGGGACAUCGCGGAAGCUACAAAGAUUCCGCAGGCUGAUCUGCAACUGACGCUGCAAAGCCUCACGCUGCAUAAAGCUGUCAAAAUCCUGCUCAGAGACAGUGCUGAGCAAGACGUCCAAUCCACAGAUAGAUUUACGUACAAUGGUGGCUUUACCCACAAGCUCCACAGAAUCACCGUUGCCACGAUUUCGCCGAAGGAGCAACUGCAAGAAGAGGAUGCUGUGGAGCAGAGGGUCGUAGGUAGCCGCCAACAUGAACUUGAUGCCGUCAUCAUUCGCAUCAUGAAGGCCAAAAGGAAACUAUCGCACUCAGAGCUUCUCGCAGAUGUUCUGGCUUCCGUUCGCUUCCCUGCCGAAGUUGUGGACAUUAAGCGGAGGAUUGAGUCGCUCAUUGACAGGGAGUAUUUGGAGAAGCACGUUCUCCACGAUCAGGGCAUCGCAUGCUAUGUCUAUCUGGCAUAG